UUUCGCUAAUGACAGAGUGACAGCUCAGAUCGUAACGCAUCCUAUGGAUGUUCUUAAAAUACGUAUGCAAGUGUCACGUAAUACUUUAUACGAUACAGCAUUGCAAACGUUUAGCACAAACGGAGUUCGUAGUUUUUAUACGGGAUUGAGCGCAGCUGUUCUUCGUCAAUUGACUUAUACAACCAGUAGACUUGGAAUUUAUACCACGUUGUUGGAUAUGGGAAAACAACAUUUUGGUUAUUUAAAUUAUGUAACGAUGAUUAGUCUUGGGAUGAUAGCUGGCAUGAUGGGCUCCUUUAUUGGUACCCCUACAGAUUUGAUAUUGAUACGCAUGGUAGCUGACAUAAAUUUGCCAGCAGAAAAGCGAAAGAAUUAUAAGAAUGCUGUCAGUGGCAUCUUCGACGUAUGGAAAACCGAAGGAUUUACUGCAUUGUGGAGAGGAGCAGUGCCGACAAUGAGCAGAGCAGCAAUUGUCAAUGGAGCACAAUUAGGCACUUACACUAGAGCCAAAAUGAUGCUGCAAGACACAGGAUAUAUUCAAAAUGGUAUAUCAUUGCAAUUUGCUGCUGCCUUGAUGUCCAGUAUAAUUACAUGUUUUGCCUCGAUUCCGGUGGACGUUGCUAAAACUAGGAUUCAAAACUGGAGACAGUCCACGAAAUCACCUAAUAUCAUUGCUAUGAUUAUUAAUAUAGUUAGAACAGAAGGCUUAAUAACGUUAUGGCGUGGUUUACUCCCAUAUUAUUACAGAGCGGCACCUAACACUGUAAUUACUAUGGUGUGCGCCGAUCAACUUCAUCAAAUGUAUUUUACAUUUUUUUCGGCUUCAUAA